UUUUCUUUUUUUUUCUCUUUUUUUUUUCUUCAUCUCAUCGAUUCUUAAACCUCAUUUCAACAAACCUACUUUAAUGCACGAGACCAUAAACAGGCAUACGUAGCAUAGCGAAACAGUAAAGCAGACGUCAACACAGAAACAACGGCAACAAGUGCAGUAAAAAAAAGUCAAUUUAGUAUGACCGUCGAGACUCCGGAAGCAGUCGCUGAGGUGCAAGAGGUCAAGGACACAUCUACCACUAAAUCACAAACCAUCCCUGCAACCGAUUCAACCAACUAUGAUAUUGAGGUUGAGAAUCUCUCUCUGUCUGAAGCAAUCGUUGCUAUUGGAAACGAUGCUUUAGCCAAUGGAUCAUCAACCACAACUGCCUCGACUUCUCCAAGCACGCCGUCAGGCACUGUAACCCCUUCGUCUGCAUCAGUGACAACCUUGGACGAUGAUAACGACAUUGAAAAUAAUGAUGACGAUAGCUCCGAUGUCUUUCAAGACGCUGUGGACGAGCUGCCGGCGACACGCAAGCUUCACCAGCGAUUGUCCCAGUACUUGCCUCAAAGCCGUCAAGUAGAAGAAUGGGAGCAGAUCAUGCAAGACUGGGAACGUGUCAUGGCAGAGAAACGGAUCCAGGAUGCCAAGCUCAACCUAGUUGAACAAGAAAACAAGCGUAUGAGGGCUCAAGUGCAAGAUCUGGAGGCUUCCAAGGCAGAGCUCGAGAAAGAAUACUCAGAAAAGCUGAAUAAGCUAGAAGUGGCUAAUAAGGAAUUGGUUAACAAGACCAAAGACCCAGCCAAGGAAACUGUGGCGCUUAAGAGCCAAUUGGAGGAAGCAGACGCCGAGAAAGAGUUGUUCAAAUUGAUGCUGGAAGAAACUGAAGGAGAAAAGAAGCGAAUCGAGCUGAGGGCAGUACAGCUGGAGAAGGAGAAAGAUCAAUGGGGCACUAAAGCCCAAAAAAUCAAUGCGCUCAAGAACAGACUGAGACUUCGGUCAGCUCAAUUCCAGUUACUGUCAACAUCGACAUCUGCGCUUUUAGCACAGAUCGAUGGAACCAAGCCAGACAAGGAGCGGAAGCGAUUGAUGGAUCAAGUCAUAACACUUGAAUCAGACCGUUCACGGUUAGCAGCCAUGGUGAAGGACACCAUAAACUCUACUACUGAGAUGACUCCUUCGGGUUCAACAGCAGUAGAUGUCUCCACACUCUCGAAUGAGGAGCUCGUGAACGAGAACAUGAAACUGAGCAACGAGUUACAGAUGGCUAAGGUUGAGUGUUCGCUUCUGCAGCGCCGCAUUGAAGCUUUUGAGGUGACGUUACAUGACGUCCGUGUUGCACUCGCCAAUUCAGAAGCUCAUGCGGAGAAUCUCGAGAUGAAGAAGUACGACCUUCAAGACAAGCUCGCUGCUGCAGAGGGCAACUUGGAUCGCGCUAGAAUCGAGUCGACCAAGUAUCAAGCCUUGCACAAGGAAAUGUUGGAGAAGAAUGAUAAGCUCGACCGAGAAAUGCAGGUCGUCAAGGCACGCUUUGAGGCCAAAGACCGUGUGUUGGUCACCACCCAGAAGCAGCUGGCUGCUGCUAAGGCAGAUGGUGGCCUCUUAAAGACCAUUCGGCGGGAGCUCGAGUCCGUGUUGUUUGACUACAACACAGUGGUGCAGCACUUUAUGGACAUCCAGGUCCAGGCUAUCGCCGCCAAGUCUCUGGCCAAUAAUCUAAAGCGUAAGAACAAUGAGCUUCAGGCCCAACUAACACAUUAUCGAUCCAUGCUGCUCGGUAUCAAGUCCUUCAAUAACAAUGAUCCCAUCAAGUCGCCCACCGUCACCACACUCCGGUCCGAGUUCCGUGUGUUAUUGGAGAAGAUCCAAGAGGAACACAAUGCCCAGGUGGAUAAGGAACGUGCAGAUAGGUCGAAGGCGCAAGACUGGAAUCGAAAGCUACGAAUGGAGAAAGACUUUAUGAAGCUGGAACUUCAGAAUCAGAUCGAGAAAUGGAGGCGUGUCUCAAUUUAUUGGGAAGACAAAUGGCGCAAGACUGCCAAUGAUUUGCAUGAGGCUGUAACAAGCGGUACUACCUCCGAUGUUCUGUUUGAAAUUGCUUCCGCACAUCCUAAUCUUCAACAAACAGGCGCCACACCACCAUCUGUGCUCUCGUCCCCUAGGCCCAGCCAAAGCUUGACCAAUAGUGCCGCGGCUGCUAAGAGACGUUCACUCGCUAUUUUGACAAGUAUCGGCGGUGGCAGCAGUAGUACUAAUAGCGUGGGACCAAAUGACGCGCCAAUGACACCUUCAGCUAUGAAACAACAAAUAAUGGAAAGUAAACUGCGCUCUGCAGGUAGCAGCAAUAGUGGGGGAUCGGGUUUGCAUUCACGCCAGAACAGCAGCUCUCUUUUCCAAGCAUCUCCUAGCUUCGCAUCCUUGAUCAACGCCAACCCGCCAGUGACCGCCAUCUCCUCGCCGCCUCUUCCUGCCAACACAAGUCCUUCGACUGCCACACUGACUGUAGGCGCUAUUACAGAAUCUAUUACAGACCUAGUCUCGAGCGUGAAACCGUUCUUAAGCCGCAGCAUUUCUCAGACCAGCAGUAAUAGCAGCACCAGUCCUACUGGAGCACCCAGCUCGCUCAUCGGUAGUGUUGGUACGGGCCGCGGUAGGAGUAACAGCGUCACGUUUAACCCACUUAGUCACAAUCCAGGCCCCUUGAGCCCAUCUUCAAGGUUGGCUGCAGCCUCAACUCUCAGGACUCCUAUUGCAGCAGGAUUACCUGCCAACGUUACAGGAGUAGGCGCAAAGGGCAACACGUCUGUUUCCAAAACAUCCUUACGAUCCAGGUCCAUGGCCACCUCAGCAAUUGGAACUGCACGCUCACAGGCACUCCAAGCCAAUAUAUCAAGCUCAAGUACAGUGACACUGGCUAGCAGAGAUGCACAAACGCGUGCAAGCGCCAGUAUUUCAUCCAUGGGACGGUCAGUCGAUCAGGCACUCAGCGAGUCAGAGCAGCUGAAGGCGGAUGUGAGAAGAAUGUUGAACCGAUGAAAAGGGAAGGAAAAAAGGGGAAAAGAAGAAGUGAGGAAUGCGAUAAAAGAUCAUCAUGGAGGUCCAAAGUGGGCGUCGAAAAGAUGUAGAUACAUACAUAUACAUAUCAUACCAAUAAACCAUUAACACUUUAGCUG